UGUCUUCUUUUUGUUUGUAGAUAUGGCUCGUGGACAGCAGAAGAUUCAGUCGCAGCAGAAAAAUGCCAAAAAGCAAGCUGAGCAAAAAAAGAAACAAGGACAUGAUCAGAAGGCUGCAGCCAAGGCUGCCUUGAUAUAUACCUGCACUGUCUGUAGGACUCAAAUGCCGGAUCCCAAGACCUUCAAACAGCACUUUGAAAGCAAGCAUCCUAAGACUCCACUUCCUCCAGAAUUGGCUGAUGUUCAGGCGUAAAGUUGUCUACAGGCUGAGUUCUAAUCCCGGAUGUACAGCACAGAAGUGGAAAAACAUCUGAAUUGUGCUAGAAGGUCUGAUUUACAAAUUUCCAUCUUUGGCAUUUGGAGGGGGCUUAUUUAAGAGCUUUAGUUUUGACCCUGCAGUAAGAAGCAAUACUAGAAUUGCUGGGAUUUGCGAGUUUACAAUAGAUGUAAAAAUUCUGGCAGUCCAACUAACCCUUGCUAUGCAGCAGGACUGUACAUCUGGCCUUCAAAUGGCUUCCUAAAAUCUAGGACCAUAGUCUCAAAGACUCAUUCACUUAAAAGAAUGCACUUGGUAUUUUAUUAUAUAAAGUCAAAGCCUUUGUCUUCAUCCACUCAUUUGCUCUUUAUUGAACUACUUCUGUGAGACUAGCUUCCUGUCCUCUUUGCUGUGACAGUAUCUCUGUAAAUACUUACUUUGGCAUAAAGUUACUCUGUAUUAUAGUCACUCUGGGAUAACCUGUAUACCACUUAACUUUUAUAGAUAAUGUUAUUCUCCUCAGCGUAAUCCACUACUGCACUUGUACACCUGACAUGAGAAUGUAACGCUUGAUUUAUUUUUCUUUAAUGUUAUCAAUACAUAUAUCCCAACAAACUGGCUCCACAAGGCAAGAAAUCUGCUCUUGACCUUUGUGCUGUAUGGGGGAGAGGUACUGCAAUGUUCUAAUGCUGUAGUUUGUCUAAGAAUACGCUGAGUGCAAAUGGAUAAAGAUGUUUCUUGCGCUGAUUGGUAUUUGAUAAUCUGGUUUUACUUUGAAAAAUGUUUGGGGAUGUAUCCCUAUAGCUUGGUCCUGAGGUGAAGUAUAUGUUCUAUUCCUUCAAUUCAGAUUGUGUAGCAUUAAAUAAAAAGACUUUGUUUCAUAAACAAUCUCUCUUAAUGAGCACUGAAGAGUUGGAAAGCUGCAUCAGUAGUGGGAUGAUUAACUUCAGUUAGAACUGUGUUUUCAAAACUCCAUGAUGCUCAAGUUGAAAAUACCUUAUGAAACGAUGGGGCUUCUAUUAUUGGAAGGAAAGCAUGAUACUUGGUUCAAUAAGAUCCCUAGCUACAAUAGCUGUAAUCUCAAUUACAGAACUAAAUGAAAGCUAUGACUGAAAUGUUAUAAAGGCUGUCCCAAAUGUGGGAAUAGUCCUCAUUUAGAAUUAUCUGCAAUACUCCUUAUACCUAAAAGGUCAGUGGAAGGACUAGUUCUCCAUCAUCUCUUCCUGAUCUGGAGGUAACACACCCUGGUACCUGGCUAAAGACACAGUUGUGUGUUGUAAUGUGUCUGAUUAAAGAGAAUUAAAAAUGUAAAAUGUAAAAUGUCGUAUUUCCUGCCUGCUUUUAAGAUCAAGUAUUGCUGCACCUAGAAAAUUAAUUUCCUGGCUGUGGACAGCCAUGGAACUUGAAGCUGUCUAACUGUGCAAGAAAGAAAAAAGGCAUGGAAAGCUUCCUGUGUUUCCUUGAGAAAGAUUCAUCUUUGUGCAGGGUCAGCAUUCAGGUAAAGGGGUUUUAUGGUGUCAGUAUGGACAUCAGCUGUCAUGGAUACUUGUGGAACAACUUUAAAGAGUGAUUUUGGAUUUUCAGAAGCCCACAUCUUCUGGGAAUCUCUUUAAGCAGCAUCUGAAAUCACAUUUUAAGCGACACUUAAAAUGUUCUGAAAAAAUGUCUCACUUUAGAUCUUGGAGUAAAAGAAGGUGUGAUUAUGGUGAAGCCAUCUUGGAGACUAUUGAAUAAUCAAGAACAGUUUUGCAAUUUUGUUAAUCAGACUUACUUAGGCUUGUUUCUUUACGUCUGCUUUACACUGUUGAAGGGCUUCUGGUUUGUUGUUAUCAAAAAACUGUGUGAAAGAUCUGAAAUAAAAGUUGAAGACAGUUGCUGCAUA